AUGAAAGCAGAAGAGGGCAUUCGUGACGUGAAAAUCGAUCCAAAUUCAAAGGAGGCCUUGGACCUACCAAGUGAAAUAGAAACUGCAGAUCGUCAUUCUUCGUCCCGCAACAACUUUGACUUCAUUGUUUCGUACACAUCUGUACCCAGCUUCCGACAAGACCACUCUCCACACGGCUGCUUGUCCUGGCUGGUCAUUGUGGAAGACUCCUACAUCAGACGCGGUUGGAACGUAGUUGUCUUGUUUUUGUUGCUAUACACGGCGACCUAUUUCCCCUUCCAGCUUUGCUUCAUUGAUCUGCGCGUUCCGAUCGAGCAUGUCAUUGUGGAGGAGUUUUUCGAUCGCCCGAUCGACUUCGCCGUAAAUUGCCUUUUUUACCUUGACCUGGUCCUGAACUUCUUCAUCAGCUAUAGGGAUGCGAAGGGCAUUGAGGUGGUGGAUCUGAGGAAAACCUCCUGGUAUUACUUCAGGACGUAUUUUCUACCAAAUCUGGUGGCAUGCAUUCCACCACAGCUUAUAGAAGCGAUGUUUCAGCAAGAUGUGCGAGCCGAUAUUUUGGAGGUGGCACGCUUCAGCCGGCUGCAGCGGAUCUCACGCUUGGCACGCCUGGUUCGACUCGUGCACCUCUCGAAGCUCCUGAGGUUCAUGGAUGACAGUCCGGUCAUGAUGCAGCUUCGAAACCUACGUGGUGUGCGGAUCAUCAAUUUGUUUUGCACACUGUCCUGGGUGGCGCACAUGGUUGGCUGCGGCUGGUACCUCUGUGCGGCUCUGAAUGGCUCCGAUCAGCUCGAAAACACAUGGCUGGGCAUGCGUGUCAUCGACGCGAAGGGCGCCACGUUGCUCUACAAGAGCGAUGGUUCGCGGCAAGACCCCGAGGUGCAGUGGCUAAAUGCGUUCUACUUUGUCCUCACGGUCUUCACUACUGUCGGAUUUGGAGACAUGUCAGCCUACACGCAGGCCGAAAUUGGCUAUGUUUGCGGGACAAUGCUCCUGGGUGCCAUUGUGAACAGCAUUAUCCUCAAUGAAGUCAUCGGGACACUCACUCGUCUGGACGAGAGCGCCUCCCGUGUGAUGCAGCAGAUCCAGGUCGUGCAGGACUUCUCUGAGCACUGCAACCUCAGCAGAACUUUGCGCAAGCAGCUGGUCAAGUGGGCACGCGAAACGCGUGCUGAGAAGCAUGACUGGGACCGGGCCUGGAUGCGUGAGCUCUUGACGAACGGGGUAAUGCCCGGCUAUCUCGUCAGACAGCUGCCUGCUGCUCUCUUUGCUGGGAAGCUGCUCAAAAACAGGUUUGUCACGGUCUGCCGACCACACUUCAACGAUGUUCUGCCGCCCCGGUUUCACAUGAUCCUGGCAUUGAACCUGGACGUGCAGGACUUUGACUAUCAGCAGAUUGUCUAUUACUGCUAUGAUCAGGCGUUCGGGCUCUACUUGGUUGCACGAGGUAUAUUUGCUGGCGUCGCAAUGCCUUCACCCACAGGGGGACACCUUGAGAAGGUUGACUGGCUGAAGGCUUUAGAAGACGAGUUGAAGAGGAAGCACCGCGAGAGGCUGAAGGCACAAACCGCGGAAUUCAUCAGAAAACGCAUUGAAGAGAAAGAUGCGCUGGUGCAGCGGCAGCUGGAAAGGCUGUCCCCGUACCAGCUCUUCUGCGAGGGAACGUACUUUGGAGACGUGGAGGUACUGUCCAGGUUCAGCACUCAGCAGCGACACGCGACUGUCCGCUGCGAAUCGGAACAUGGGGGAUCACUACUGCAGCUCCACAAGGACAAGCUUCACCAGCUCAUGCUCGAUUUUCCUCACUGUCAGCGAGCGUGGCACCUGGAGUCCACUAGGCAUGAAGUUCGCCGCCAAGCAAAGAUAAAGUUGCUAACAAAGCAUCUUGACCUGUACGAGCUGGCCACUCUUGAGAUUCAGCGGGCCGUAGUGGCCGUGUGGAAGCGUCGAAAGAAAUUCAAAGAAAGUCAAGCAAAGCCCCACAGGAAGCAGCCUUCUUCUAGCGAACUUGUCUCGGCCGCCUGUGACCUGGAAACUCUGGAAGGAGUUGAGCAAAUUGCCUUGCUGGGUAAGGAGGUGCAAGACGUGAAGGGCCAGAUGCACGACAUGAGCCGACAGGUCGGUGAACUUCACUUAGCUGUGGCUCAGAUCCAGGACUCUCUGACAACCAUCGCCAGUGUUCUCAGAGAGAAUCACCACGCGGCCAAGGCUUCGACACCACCGCCGGCAGCACCCCCUCCCGGCAUGGAAGUCUCGCACGUUUGA